AGCUUCCACUCUUUUAUUUUUGCGGCAAACAGCAGGUCCGGUCUUCGCCAUGCGUUUCUCCCCGUCGUGGCAGCCCUUGGCUGUGGCUCUCGCCGCGGCAGUUACUCCCGUCCUUGGCCAGGUCUACGGGACCUACAGCACCUUCAACGCCAUCGCCGGCAACGCCAACUCGACGGACCUAGCUUUGAUGGGGAACCACUACAACCACUGGGUCCUGCUGUCCAAGAACGACACGUCGCGCAAAUCUUCGUGGGAUCUCACCCGGUCCGCCCGUCUGCCGACCCCCAACCCCAAAACGAUCCCCAUGCUUGGGCAGCGCGAGUCGGCCAUAAUCGAGCCGAGCCGCUCGGCUUUCAUCAUUGUGGACAUGCAAAACUUCUUUUUGCAUCCCAACAUGACCCCCAGCGCCAGUCUCGGACGCAACGCCGUCGGCCCCACCAUCAACAUGAUCCGGGCCUUCCGGGAGAACGGGAUGAAGAUCCUGUGGACUAACUGGGGCUUCGACGACCACGACCUGAUAAUCUCGCCGCCCGCCGACCUGGACGGCUUCUCUGACGACCACACCCGGGCCACGAGCUUCUGCUCCGACAUGGGCUCCAUGACGGACGCGGACGGCAAGACGGUGCAGCUGGGCAAGAAGCUGUGCCGGGGGGCCUGGAACUCGAGGCCGUACGGGGACCUGGACGCCGAGAUGGUGCAGGGCGUCGAGAAGGGGACGGAUUUCUACUUUAACAAGAACCGCAUCUCGGGUCUCUGGGGCGCCCAGACGCCGCUCGGGCUGUUCCUGCAGGAAAACGGCAUCACGACGCUGUUCAUCGGCGGCGUCAACAGCGACCAGUGCGUCUGGGGCACGCUCCUGGACGGUUACUACAAGGGCUUCGACAUGGUCUAUGUGCCCGACUGCGCGGCCACCAUCAGCCCCUGGUACGCUGAGCAGAUGGUCAGGUACAAUGCCGACUUGAACGGCUUUCUGACCAACAGUACCGAGAUUAUAGCCGCGCUGGGAAAGAAGUAAAUGGCUGGAGGAGGCAUUGAGGGCAGUUGACAGGACAACAUCAGUGCCUUUGCGCG